UACAUACAAAACAAAACAACACCUCAUUUUAACUCCGUCUCUUUCUCAUAUUUCCCAUUACCAAGCACUCAAAAAAAAAAAAAAACAAAAAAACAAAACAAAACCCCAGUUGAUGAUGAAGAAGAAAAAAGCCGCUGGAAUCUCUUUCAUAUUUUUUUAGCCGUUAGAUUUAACGUUCUUUCCUUCUGAUACUAUUCUCUCUCUCUCUCUCUAUCGCUUUUGCUUUAACAAAAAGCUAUUCGGCCGUCAGAAUCGGAUCUUUCUGGCCAUAAUUUGUUCUUAUAGCUUUUCUUUCUGUAAUCCCAAAAAAAAAAAAAAAAAAAAGAAGAGAGUUAGGUUUUUCUUUUUGUUUUUCUUUGGCUGAAAUUAUUGAUGGAUGAGGCGGUGCUUGACGAUAUAAUACGGCGACUCACGGGUGCAAAAGUCGGCCGCACCACGAAGCAGGUGCAGCUAACGGAGUCGGAAAUCAGGCAGCUCUGUGUUUCUUCAAAGGAGAUCUUUCUCAGCCAACCUAAUCUUCUCGAGCUUGAAGCUCCCAUCAAGAUUUGUGGUGAUGUUCAUGGUCAGUUUUCUGAUCUUUUACGACUGUUCGAGUAUGGUGGGUACCCUCCCGAAGCAAAUUAUUUAUUCCUAGGUGACUAUGUUGAUCGUGGUAAGCAGAGCAUAGAAACAAUUUGCCUUCUCCUUGCAUACAAGAUCAAAUACAGAGAGAACUUCUUUCUUCUCAGGGGCAACCAUGAAUGCGCAUCCAUCAAUCGUAUAUAUGGGUUCUAUGAUGAGUGCAAGCGGAGGUUUAAUGUUCGUAUCUGGAAAGUAUUUACUGACUGCUUUAACUGUCUGCCUGUUGCCGCUCUUAUAGACGAGAAGAUCCUUUGCAUGCAUGGUGGAUUGUCUCCUGAAUUGAAAAACUUGGAUCAGAUUAGGAAUAUUGCUCGCCCUGUUGAUGUGCCAGAUCAGGGCCUUCUCUGUGAUCUAUUGUGGGCUGAUCCUGAUAAAGAGGUUGAAGGCUGGGCAGAGAAUGACCGUGGUGUUUCAUAUACAUUUGGGGCUGACAAGGUUGCUGAAUUCCUUCGGAAACAUGAUCUUGACCUCAUCUGCCGAGCUCACCAGGUUGUGGAAGAUGGAUAUGAGUUCUUUGCGAAGCGGCAGCUGGUAACCAUAUUUUCAGCACCAAAUUAUUGUGGCGAGUUUGAUAAUGCUGGUGCAAUGAUGAGCGUGGAUGAUACAUUGACGUGUUCCUUCCAGAUUCUUAAAUCUUCCGAGAAGAAAGGAAAGGUUGGAUUUGGCAACAACAUGUUGAGACCAGGAACUCCACCUCAUAAGGGUGGGAAGGGUUGAUUGAUAUACACAAGCACCUGUCGCAAGGUCCGAAGAGCAACAAUUGGGGCUGUUCUGUUGUUCUUCUCAAACCUGUUCUCUGCUGAAUGAAUUUAUGUUGCCUGGCCUGUUUCAAUUCAUACUUUGGCACUGGAGGAGAAAUGUGAAAUCAUAAAGUAACUUCAACACAGUGUCAAAAGAGCCGAGACACCCUAUUGUGGGUGGAACUUGGGGAGUUUUUAUUAUGUAAAAUGAAAACUGACUUCAUUAUGUUGAAUUUUACCUGCAGAAUUUUUGUUUUCUUUCAA